AGAGGCUGAGAGCAACUAUCAUCACUGCCGGCGGUGCCAUCAACAGUGACUGGGAACGAGCAGGAUCUGAAUACUUCCCAUACGACCAACUAACUUACCAUGAAGUCGACAUGUCUUCUCAUCUUGGCUUCUCUCGUGCUCUGCAACUUGACCGUGUGUGGGGGACAGGGCAUCCCUGCUGAGGAUGAGACGGACCGAAGGACCAUAGACGACAUCAUCCUACAGAGAGCAGAAAGUCUCCUGUUACGGUCCAUUCUCAAAAAGAUGCAGGAUGAAGACGAGGGAUUCUCCUCUCAGCCUGAAUGGGUGUCAAAACGACAGCAUCCCGGUAAGAGAUACGGCGAGGAUUUGGAGAAGCGACAGCAUCCGGGGAGGAGAGAAGAAGACGAGGAUGAUCAGUACUUUGAUGUUCAAAAGAGACAGCACCCGGGCAAACGCGAAGAUGAAAUGCACACGUUCAUGGAGCUCCAGAAAAGGCAGCACCCGGGAAAGCGCUCCACCAUGGGACACAUGUCUGACAACCCCGUCAUACUCCUGAGUGAACUUUCUAAACGACAGCACCCCGGCAAGCGCUACCUGGUGCUGCACAGCAAACGCCAGCACCCAGGUAAGCGGUAUCCCGAGGAUGAGGAUGGCGAUGGGGACUGGGAUGCGGAGGCGGAUGGAGACGAAGACCUGCCAGAGUUGGAAAAGCGUCAACACCCCGGAAAACGCUUUUGGGAUAACUCGAGUCCGGAUUUGGGCACAAACAGUCCGUGUGAUGUUUUGGACCCUACGAGCUGCAGCAAGACCAGUCUGCUGCUCGACUUUUUAGACAACAUUAACAAGAGUCAUGCCGAGGAGAAGAGGCAACACCCGGGUAAAAGAUUUGCACCGGAGGAGGAUUUGGUGGAAGGAGAGUAG